GCGGCGAUGGGCGAGCGGUCCGCCGAGCGCAGCAGCAGCGAUGCCGAGCCCAUGUCUGCGGCCACACGGAGCCGUGCUGGCAGUCGUGAUGGCUGUGAUGAUGGUGAUUAUGGUGGUGGUGUUGAUGAUUCAACGAGCAACGCCACUUCGUGCCAGGAUGACGGGAGCGUCAGUCGCUCGCCUGUCGGGACGCCUGUGAACCGCGGCUGCGCUGCGCGGCAGGAAGCACCGCGGUGGUCCACCUCCUCCUCCUGCUCCACCUCCUCCUGCUCCACCUCCUCCUCGUCCACGACGGGAGCCGCGCCGCCGCCACGCGGAGCGAGCUCCACCUGCGCCAUGCCCUGCGUGCUCUGGAACUUUGCCCUUCUCGUCCUGCUCGCAUGCACCGGCAGCGCGCGAGGUGAACUGUGCGGAGGGUUGCUGAAGGGCAGCAACGGGACGGUGGAAAGCCCCGGCUACCCCUACGGAUACCCCAACGGGGCCAACUGCACGUGGACCAUACAGACGGAGGAGCCCAACCGGAUCCAGCUGGUCUUCCUCUCCUUCGCCCUGGAGGAAGACUACGACCUGCUCGCCGUCUUCGAGGGCCAGCCCAGCCAAGGGAACCUGCGCAUGAGGUUGACAGGGUUUCAGAUGCCAGCACCAAUCAGCAGCUCCACCAACAUGCUGUCUCUCCGGCUCACGAGUGACUUCGCCAUCAGUGGACAAGGCUUUAAGCUGCAUUACGAAGUUUUGCAGAGCAGCGCGUGCGGCAACCCGGGCGCUCCGGCGCACGGCACCGUGCACGGCGCCGGCUUCGGCGUGGGCGACGCCGUCCGCUACGGCUGCGUGCCGGGCUACGUGCUGGAGGGGCACGCCGUGCUCACGUGCGUCUCCGGCGCCGAAAGCCUCGCCUCCUGGGACUUCCCCGUGCCGCACUGCAAGGCCGAGGGGGCUUGCGGGGGAACGCCGCACGGCCCCAGCGGCACCAUCAGCAGCCCGGGCUUCCCCAACGAGUACGACAACAAAGCGUCGUGCACGUGGCUCGUGCUGGGCGAGCCGGGCGACACCGUGUCGCUCGUCUUCACCGACUUCCAGCUCGAGGCCGGCUACGACUUCCUGGAGGUGUCCGGCGCGGAGCUCCCCUCUGUGUGGCUGACCGGAAUGACCCUGCCUUCCCCCAUCACGAGCAACACGCACUGGCUGCGACUCCACUUCACGUCCGAUGGCAGCCACCGUCGGAAGGGCUUCAGCAUCCAGUACCUCGUAAAAAAAGCGAUUGAUAUGAAGUCAAGAGGAGUGAAAUUGUUCCCGGGAAAAGAAAAUAAUCACAAGUAUGCCGUCUCGAGCGAGGGAGGCAUUGCCCAGGCAUCGAAUAUUUGCCCAGAACCAGAGGUUCCACGGAACGGAGCACGUUUGGGGUCCGACUUCAGGCUCGGUGCCACGGUGCAGUUCGCGUGCGACGAGGGCUUCGUCUUGCUCGGCUCCAAGAGCGUCGUGUGCCAGCGCCUGGCGGACGUGUUCGCUGCGUGGAGCGAUCAGUCUCCGCAGUGCAAAGCUCAGAACUGCGGUGAGAAUGUUCAAGGUCCCAGUGGGAUCAUCUUCUCACCCAACUACCCGGGCUUCUAUGACGGUGAUUCCCACUGUGUGUGGAUCGUCGCCUGCUGUCAACCCCGACAAGGUGAGGUUAUCCAACUCCAGUUUGAAGAAUUCGACUUGGAGAAAGGUUACGAUUCGUUGGUCAUCGGUGAUGGAGAUGAGCCGGGGGAUCCCAGAUCCGUCCUCAACGUUCUUUCAGGAGGCGAAGUACCUGACCUUAUAGUGAGCAUUAGCGGUCACCUGUGGAUAUAUUUGCAGACGGAUGAAACUAUUGGCUCACUGGGCUUUAAGAUUAAUUAUCAAGAAAUUGAGAAGGGCACCUGUGGAGACCCCGGAACUCCGGCCUACGGGCGACGAGAGGGCUCGUCCUUUGUGCACGGCGACCGGCUGACAUUCGAGUGCCACCCGGCGUUUGAGCUGGUGGGAGAGAAGAGCAUUGCCUGUCAGAGCAAUAACCAAUGGACAGCCAACAUGCCCAAGUGCAUAUUUUCGUGCUUCUUCAACUACACCGCGCCGGUUGGCAUCGUACUUUCUCCCAACUACCCGGACGGCUACGGGGGAUACCUCAACUGCGUCUGGCUCAUCAUCACCGAGCCCAACAGCCGCAUCCACAUCACGUUCAACGACUUCGACGUGGAGACCCCGUUCGACUUCCUGACCGUCCGCGACGGCGAGGAGGAGGAGGGCGACAUCCUGGGCACGUUCACGGGGAGCGCCGUCCCGUCGCACCUGUCCAGCAGCGGGCACGUCGCACGCCUCGAGUUCCACACGGACCACUCCAUGUCCGGCCGUGGCUUCAACAUCACCUACAACACCUUUGGUUACAACGAAUGCCACGACCCUGGAAUUCCCAUCAACAGCCGCCGCUUUGGAGACAGCUUUACACUCGGCAAGUCCGUCUUCUUCGUGUGCGAGAACGGAUUCAUGCGGACACAGGGCUACGAGAGCAUCACCUGCGUGCUGCAGGACGGGAAUAUACACUGGAGCUCAACCAUACCCAAGUGUGAAGCUCCCUGCGGAAGUCAUCUGACGGCGCCCAGUGGCACCAUCUUCUCCCCCGGAUGGCCCAGCUCCUACAGGGACUCCCUCACUUGUGAAUGGGUCAUAGAGGUGAACAAAGGGAAUGCCAUAAAAAUUACAUUCCAGAGGUUCCAGACUGAGCCCAACUACGAUGUGCUGGAGGUGCACGACGGCAGCUCGGCGUACUCCCCGGUGCUCGGCGCGUUCCACGGCACGCAGGUGCCACUCUUCCUCGUCAGCAGCGGAAGCCACCUUUUUCUGCUCUUCACGACGGACAGCAGCCACUCCGGGAUGGGCUUCCAGCUGCACUACGAACGGGUGACGUGGGACGCGCACUCCUGCCCCGAUCUGCCCGUUCCGGUGCACGGCCGGCGACUGGGGGGCGAUUUUUAUAUCGGCUCGUCCGUGGAAUUCUCCUGCGAGCCAGGAUUUUCACUCAGCCACGACCUUCCUCUGACCUGCCAGGACAACCACCAGUGGACACAGCAGCUGCCGACCUGCGACGCCCUGUGCGGAGGAUAUAUAAAGGCAUCGACGGGAACCAUUCUGUCACCGAGAUUCCCCAACUUCUAUCCCAAUUCCCUGAACUGCACGUGGACUGUGGAAGUGUCACAUGGCAAAGGGGUCAAGUUCACGUUCCACACGUUGCACCUGGAGAGCCAGCAUGACUACCUGCUGGUGACGGAGAGCGGCAGCUUCGCGUCCCCCCUGGCGCGGAUCACGGGCGCCGCACUCCCGCCGCCGCUCAGCGCCGGGACGCUCGGCAACUACCAGGCCCAGCUGCGCUUCGUCUCCGACUUCUCCAUGUCCUACGAGGGCUUCAACAUCACGUUCAGCGAGUACGAGCUCGAGCCGUGCAGGGACCCGGGCGUGCCGGCGCUCGGCUCGCGCCUCGGCUCGGGGCUGCUGGUGGGGGACGCCAUCGUCUUCUCGUGCGACGCCGGCUACCGCCUCGAGGGGGCGGCUCGCCUCGUGUGCCUGGGCGGCGGCCGCCAGGCGUGGAGCGCCCCGCUGCCACGGUGUGUUGCCGAGUGCGGGACGUCGUUGCGAGGGGACGACGGAGUCCUGCUGUCACCCAACUACCCGCUGGUGUACGGCAACAACCACGAGUGCGUGUACGACAUCGCGGUGACCCCGGGCCACGGCGUCCAGCUGGCGGCGGUGCACUUCCGACUCGGCCACGGAGAUGCGCUCACGGUGUACGACGGACAGGACGGCUCCUCGCGAGUCCUUGAAGCCUUCACCGGCACCGCCAUGCAGGACUCCGUCAUCAACAGCACCUCCAACCACCUGCACCUCGAGUUCAACUCGGACGGCGACGUGGUGGACGAAGGGUUCCGGCUUGUGUACACGAGCUUUGAGCUUCUCAGGUGCGAAGACCCGGGCGUCCCCGAAUUCGGACACGCCGUUGCGGACGAGGGGCACUUCGCUGGCAGCAGCGUUACGUUUGGCUGCGACCCGGGCUACACGCCGCACGGACGCACCGUGGUGACGUGCCUCACCGGGGAGCGGAGAGUCUGGGACUUCCCCUUGCCUUCGUGCGUCGCGGAGUGCGGUGGAGCCAUCGCGGGUGUGUCCGGGGGAACUAUCCUGUCCCCCGGGUACCCCAACACGUACGAGCACAACCUGCACUGCGAGUGGACCAUCGAGGUGAACCCGGGAUUCACCAUCAGUCUACACUUCCAGGUGUUCGACACGGAGGCGUCGCACGACGAGCUGCGCAUCUGGGACGGCGGCGCGGAGAGCGGCAUCCUGCUGCGUGAGCUCAGCGGCCCGGCGCUGCCCGACACCGUGCACAGCACGCUGCACCUCGUCACGCUGCACUUCGACACGGACUUCUUCAUCAGCAGGCCCGGCUUCGCACUGCGCUUCACCUCUUCGGUGGCGUCCGAGUGCCGGGACCCGGGCGUGCCGACCAACGGGUCACGCAGCGGCGACGGACGCCGGCCGGGUGACAGCGUGCUGUUCCAGUGUGACCCAGGCUACGCCCUGCAGGGACCGCCCCGCAUGACCUGCGUGCAGGCCGAGAGCCGCUUCUUCUGGCAGCCCUCGCUGCCCAUCUGUGUCGCGCCGUGCGGUGGUAACUUGACUGGCCCUGCAGGAUUCAUUCUGUCACCAAAUUACCCCCAGCCGUAUCCUCCCAGCCACGAAUGCCACUGGACAAUCACGGUCAACGAGGACUUCGUUGUGGCCCUCUCGUUUUUAAGCCUGAACCUGGAGGCCAACUACGACUUCCUGCACGCGUACGACGGGGGCGACGUGCUGGCGCCGCUGCUGGGGAGCUUCCACGGCUUGCAGCUCCCGGGCCGCGUGGAGAGCGCCGGCAACGUCCUGCACCUCGCGUUCCACAGCGACAAGACCAUCAACGCGGGUGGCUUCCACAUCGAAUACCGCGAGAAACCGCGGGAGUCGUGCUUCGACCCCGGGAGCAUCGCGAACGGUUCGCGCCUCGGCUCCGACCUGCGCCUGGGCUCGAGCGUGACGUUCGCCUGUGGCACGGGCUACUCGCUGCACGGCUACUCCACCCUGCUGUGCAUCAUGGGGGACGACGGGAGGCCAGCGUGGAACCGGCCCCUCCCAGCCUGCCGCGCCCCGUGCGGAGGCCACAGCACGGGCCAGGAGGGCUCCAUCCUCUCCCCCAACUACCCGGGCAACUACAGCGUGACGCAAAGCUGCAUCUACUCCGUCACGGUCCCCAACGAGCACGUUGUUUUUGGACAAUUCAAGUUUUUCCAGACGGGGCUGAGCGACCUUGUGGAGGUUUACGACGGCGCCUCGCAGAAGGCCGGACUCCUCAGCUCACUCUCUGGAGCUCACUCCGGAGAGACGCUCCCGCUCAGCUCCGGCAAUCAAAUCACGCUGACGUUCACGUCGAGUCACGAUGCAUCCGGAAAAGGAUUCCACUUUGUCUAUCAAGCUGUGCCAAGAACAAGUUCCGAUCAGUGCAGCUCCGUGCCCGAACCAAAGUUUGGCCAGAGGCUGGGGAACAGCUUCAGUGUGGAUUCUGUGCUGCGAUUUGAGUGCAACUCUGGAUACAUUCUGCAAGGAGCCAGGGCGAUCCAAUGCCAAAAGGUGCCCAACUCCCUGGCACAGUGGAACGAAUCCUAUCCCACCUGUGUCGUGCCCUGUGGGGGAAACCUGACAGAGCUAAAAGGGGCCAUUCUCACUCCGGGUUUCCCCGAGCCGUAUGAUAACAAUUUGAAUUGUGUUUGGAAAAUUACGGUGCCCGAGGGCGCUGGGGUGAAGAUGCAUGUCUUCAGCUUUGCUACCGAGCAGAACUGGGAUGCUCUGGAGAUAUACGAUGGAGGGGAUGCCAAUUCUCCCAGGUUGGGAAGCUUCUCCGGCACGUCGAUCCCAGCUGUACUGAACAGUACAUCAAAUAGCCUCUAUCUUCACUUCCACUCGGACAUAAGUGUGUCCGCAGCUGGAUUUCACAUCGAAUACACAGCCGUAGGCCUUGCAUCGUGUCCUGAGCCAGAGCUCCCAACAAACGGGCUCAAAGUUGGCGACCGUUACCUGGUGAACGACGUCGUGAUGUUCCAGUGUGAGCAGGGCUACACGCUGCAGGGACCCACGCAUGCCACGUGUAUGCCCGGUCCUGUGCGACGCUGGAAUUUUCCACCUCCUCUCUGCAUCGCUCAGUGUGGCGGAGUGCUCACCGAGCUGACCGGGGUUAUUCUAAGUCCGGGAUUUCCGGGAAACUACCCCAGCAACCUGGACUGCACCUGGAAGGUUCUCCUGCCCAUGGGAUAUGGCGCUUACUUCGCGUUUGUGAACUUCUCGACGGAGCCGCUGCACGACUUCGUGGAGAUCCUGAGCGGGCCCCCAGAGGCGCGGGAGGCCAUCGGGCGCUUCAGCGGCGCGCGGCCCCCGGCGCCGGCGCUGAGCACAACGCACGACACGACGGUGCACUUCCAGAGCGACUACUCGCAGAACAAGCAAGGCUUCCGACUCUCCUUCCAGGCCUACCAACUGAGCUCGUGCCCUGACCCGAACCCUUUCCGCAACGGGCUGGUGAUGGGCGCCGAGUAUACCGUGGGAAGCUCCGUCUCCUUCCGCUGCCUGCCCGGCUACACCCUGGUGGGCCACCCCGUCCUGUCGUGCCGCCACGGACGCAGCCGCAACUGGGACCACCCCAUCCCCACCUGCCAAGCUAUGUGCGGAGGAAACAUCACGGACCUGAAUGGCACCAUUUACUCUCCGGGGUAUCCGGACGAGUACCCGGACUUUCAGGACUGCUACUGGCUCAUCAAGGUACCGCUGGGAUACGGCGUAUUCGUCAACUUCACGCAGCUGCACACCGAGCCUGUCUACGACUACAUCACCGUCUGGGAUGGACCGGACCAGGACUCUCCGCAACUGGGCCAGUUCAGUGGCAACACAGCGCUGGAGUCGGUGCGCAGCACUUCUCACCAGGUCCUCGUGAAGUUCCACAGCGACUUCUCCACCAGCGGCUUCUUCGUGCUCAGCUACCAAGUUUAUCAACUGAUGUCGUGCGUGGUGCCCCCCACUGGGCCCCACUCUGAAGUUCUCACCGAGACCGAGGAGUUCGCAAUAGGUAAUGUGAUUAAGUACAGAUGUUUGCCUGGGUUCACACUUGUCGGAAAGGAAGAGAUAACAUGCAAACUUAAAUCACGCCUCGAACCAGAUGGGACUCCACCGUCAUGUGAAGCUCAGUGCCCAAACAACGAAGUCCGCACUGCGAGCUACGGCGUCAUUUUGAGCCCCGAGUUUCCAAGAAACUAUCCAAACUUUCAGACGUGCGCGUGGACGGUAUCCGUCGAGAGGGGUUACAACAUCACCGUGUCGGUGGAGUUUUUCCAGAGCGAGAAAGAAUACGACUUGCUGGAAAUAUUUGACGGCAUCAAUGGCGAGAGCCCCGUGCUGCUGACUUUAAGCGGCAACCACUCACACCCCGUGAACGUGACCAGCCACGGCCACCACGUCCACCUGCGGUGGGCGGCCGACCAGGCCACGAAUAAGAAAGGCUUCCGCAUCCGAUAUGGAGCGGCCUACUGCAGCACCCCCCCACCGCCCCAGCACGGCUCCCUGCAGAGCCAGAUCGGGGGCCACGUGGGCGGCACGGUGCGCUGGGUGUGCGACCCCGGCUACCGCAUGGUGGGGCGCGGCUCGGCCGUGUGCCGGAGCACGCCGCGGGGCUGGCUCUACUGGGAUGGCCCGGUGCCGGCCUGCCAAGCAAUAACAUGCGGUGUCCCUAACCUGCCGGACAAUGGCAUUGUAGUAGGAGCUGAGCACACGGUGGGAUCCGAGGUGACGUACCGGUGCAAUCUGGGGUGGAUGCUGUUGCCCGGAGAUUCUAUCAGUGCCGAGUGCCUGGCAAGCGGCGAGUGGAGCAACAAGAACAGGCCCCCGGUCUGUGCCGUGAUGACAUGUCCCAGCAUCAGCAGAUUCGUGUUGACACACGGGAACUGGCGAUAUCUUGGCGAGCCCAAAAAUGAGUACAGGUCGCAGGUGCUGUUCGCUUGCAACCCCGGGUACCACCUGCAAGGCCUCAAAACCAUCACCUGUGAAGCUAACGGAAUGUGGAGUUGGCCUUCUAAGCAACCGCAGUGUGAAAUCAUAUCGUGCGGCGAGCUGCCGACGCCUCCCAACGGAAAUAAAGUUGGCACGCAGACCUGUUUCGGUUCCACCGCCAUCUUCUCGUGCAACUCGGGAUACACGCUGGCGGGCUCGCCGGGGAGGGAGUGCCUCAGCACGGGGCUGUGGAGCGGCACCGACGCCAGCUGCAUUGCGGGCCACUGUGGGGUGCUGGAGCCCAUCGUGAAUGGGCAGGUGGUCGGGGAGAGCUACGGUUACAGGGACACGGUCGUGUACCAAUGCAGCCCUGGAUUUCGUCUCAUUGGCUCCUCCGUCAGGAUUUGCCAACAGGACCACAACUGGUCUGGGAAUUCGCCAGCGUGCGUGCCAAUCAGCUGCGGACACCCGGGCAGUCCUGUGCACGGCAUCGCUCACGGCGGCCGAUUCAAUCUGGACGACGUGGUGGGUUUCUCCUGCGACGUGGGCUUCGUAAUCCAUGGAGCAGAGAGCACUCAGUGUCUCCCCAGCGGGCAGUGGAGCGACCCCUUGCCGGUUUGCAAAGUGGUGAACUGCACCGGUCCGGCGCACGUGGAGAACUCCUACCUGGAGAUCAAGAACAAAAACAAAAUGUUUCCCUACGGGACACUCGUGUCGUACCACUGCAAGCCGGGCUACGAUCUCAUGGGUUCCUCGACUCUCAGCUGCCAGCCCAGCGGCCAGUGGGACAAGCCGCCUCCCGUGUGCACCGUGGUGAACUGCAGUCACCCAGGCUCGCCGCCGCACGGCAUCUUGGCGGCCGAGGGCUUCACGUACGGAUCCUCGGUGACGUACUCGUGCUCCGAGCGCAGGACGCUCCUAGGCCACUCCACGCGCACGUGCCAAGCCAGCGGCCACUGGUCUGGCUCCACGCCCCUUUGCUCUGGCGACGGCCACGGGGCGUGCGGGGACCCCGGGGUGCCGCCGCACGGCUCCCGGCGAGGCGGUGCCUUCCGGACGGAGAGCGUGGUGAGCUUCUCGUGCGACGACGGCUACGUCCUGCGCGGCUCGGAGCGCCGCUCGUGCCUCGCCAACGGCAGCUGGUCGGGGACGCAGCCAGACUGCAGAGCGGUGUCGUGCGGGAAUCCGGGCAUCCCCAUGAGCGGCGUGAUGGCGAGCUGGGCCGGCGCGGUGUUCCCCGACUCGGUGACGUACGCGUGCCGGGACGGCUUCCGCAUGCUGGGUCAGCGCACGCGCCACUGCUCCGCCAACGGCACGUGGAGCGGCAGCCUCCCCAGCUGCAUCGUCAUUACCUGUGGCGAUCCUGGAACGCCGGCUAACGCGGUACGGACAGGCGUGGACUUCACCUUUGGCCAUAACGUCACUUACCGGUGUCACCCGGGCUACACCAUGGAGCCCACAACUCAAAGCCAACGUGUUUGCACCAAGGAAGGCGUCUGGUCUGGAAAUCUGCCUCUGUGUAAAAUCAUCCGGUGCCAGGAGCCGCCGCUCGUGAUGCACGGGAGGCGGGAGAGCGGCGACUUCACCUGGGGCUCGGUGGUCGCCUACGGCUGCCUCGCGGGCUACCAGCUCUCGCACAGCGCCACGCUGUUCUGCGAGGGCCGCGGGGAGUGGACCGGGGAGCUCCCUCAGUGCCUCCCCAUGUUCUGCGGAGACCCAGGCGUCCCCGCCAACGGCGAGCGACAAGGCAGGAGUUUCACCUUCCAGUCGGAGGUCUCCUUCACGUGCGCCUCUCCGCUGGUGCUGGUCGGCUCUGCCAAGCGCGUGUGCAUGGCCAGCGGGAUGUGGAGCGGCACUCAGCCGCGUUGCAUCGAAGCAUCUCGCACGACCUGCACCAACCCUGGCACACCGCACAACGGAUUCCAGAACUUCUCCCUGGGAUAUCAGGUUGGGAGCACCGUGGCGUUCGAGUGCAAGAAGGGGUUCCACAUCCAGGGGUCAACUACUCGGACCUGCCUCCCCGACCUCACGUGGAAUGGCCUCCAGCCCGAGUGUGUCGCGCACAGAUGCAGCCAGCCGGAGACUCCAGCCUACGCUGACGUCCGGGCGCAGGACGUCGCGCAGCUGGGCUACACGCUGCUCUACUCGUGCCAGCCCGGCUACUACCUGAACGGCGGCUCCGAGCACCGCACCUGCGACCCCGAGGGUGCCUGGUCGGGAAAGCCGCCCCUCUGUCACGCUGGAAUAAAGCAGAAGGAGAAGACGAGCGUGUCUCUACUUGGGACGACUGGAUUCAAGCCGGCGGUGCCCGACAGCAUCUUCGCCGAGAACCACACGUGGAGAGGAUUCUACGACUACCUGGGGAAGAAGCAGCCACUCUCCCUGAGCGCCCCCGAGUUCAACCUGAGCAGUUUCCGCGUGAACCUCACCUUCUCGGAUCGCGCCGUCGAUCUCCGGCUCUCCGGAAUAUACAAGCGGCAAGAAGCCAGACUGACGCUGCACAUAUUCACGAUCACAAGCCAAACGCAGACUUCUGCCACGAAAUUCAAGGAUGAAAACUGGGUCAUGGAUGGAUACGUGUCUGCGGAACACGGAAGCUACGUCUAUCAGGGGUUCAUCCACGCGAAAGGCUUCGGGCAGUUUGGAGUGCAGCGUCUGGGCCUAACGGAGCCUGGGGGCUGGCGAGAGUCGGGCGCUACCCGCAGGGGCACCAGCAGCAGCUCCGUGGCCAUCGCCAUCCUCGUGCCAUUCUUCGCUCUCAUCUUCGCCGGCUUCGCCUUCUAUCUGUACAAGCAGAGAACGAGGCCGAAGGCCAGGUUCAGAAGCUGCACGGGACACGAGAGCUCCAACGGGCAAGCGUCGUUUGAGAACACGAUGUACGACACGAACGCAAGGCCCGGCGAGAGCAAAGCGGUGCGGUUCGACCCGGCGCUGAACACGGUGUGCACCAUGGUAUAGCAUCGCCCGGCGCAGUCCGCCGCAACACCCUGUGAAGUGACUCUGCCGAUGCGUUUGAAGUUCCGGAGAGCCGCUCACAAUCUGUGGACUGUUGAAUGAGGUUUGUUUUUUGGGGGGCUCUACGUUUCACUUCAUGCUCUCAGACACUUCUGAGACAGAGCGCGAAAGAGUGUUUCGGUUCUGGCCCGCAAAAAAAAUGAUCUCUCCAAAACGUCUAUUUAUUUCGGGCAAACAUUUUUAACGGACGUCGGGACAGAAGGGCAUUUGCUCGCGCGUGCGUCGUGUCACACGCCAAACGGGGGUGCGUGCGCAGAGGAGGAGGAUGGAAAUACAAUAUAUAUUUAAUUAAACGUUUUAAAGGCUGGGGGUUUGUUUGUUUCUUUCCCAAGAGUCACAUUGUAUUUGAUGAGUAACAUUCAAAACUGUCGCUCCUUCAAGACUCACGUGAAAGUUUUCGGAGGAAUGGCAUCGAAGUCGCCGACUGUGAUCUGCAAGUCACCGGGGUAAUUGUGACUUCAUGGUGAAGGGUUCUCCCGCUGCAGGAAGGAGUAGUUGUAGGUAUGCCUGGAUUGUUACGAAAGGGAUGCGAUGCAGUUCUUCGUCAAUCGCUGCGGCUUUCCCCCCCGUUAAUUUAAUACAAAAAAUUCGGGACGUGUUUCUCGGAAACAGUCGUUCCGCCUCUACUCCUGACCCAAAACAAUACGCGCCUCGAUCACUUUUCACAACGCAACAAAAAGUCAUAAUAAAAAACGUAAAUAUUAAAACGAUUGAAUAAUAAUAAUGAAUUUAAAAUAAACAAAUGUAGCCUUUUCAGAGAACUCGCCGCAAGAUCUGCUGCAUGUUGCAAUGAGUGGCGAGGCGACGACGGUGGAGGCGUUGCUGCUGCACUGCAGGGACGCCGUGACGCUGACGCGGAUGACGGCGCCGCAGCCUCCCGGGGGGCUUCUCGUUUGAUGAUCUCACGGCGCGCGUGGCCGUCGUGAAAUUUCGUUCGUGGGGAAAUUCGCGACCCGAACGUUCGUAAACCGAGGGAUACCUGUGCAGUCCACAUCUCCCCACUCGUCACCUUCGGCUUUGAUAAUUACAGACGUGUAAAGUUUUGACAUGGACACACAACGUAAUGAUGCUUAACAAUUAUAUUUCAUUCAAGUCGCCGUCUCGCAAUUAUGCUUGCUUUUAUUUUAGUUUUUCACGUAACUUUAUAUUUGAUAGAGUCUUGGUGGUUCCCAGUGGAUAUACCCCACCUUAGAUUUGAAUUCUCACAGCUGAAAAGAAUAAUAACAGCACGUGUUUAGCCUUGAAAAGUAAUCGCCAUAGUCCAUGUCAAGAGUGUCUUUCAACCGAGUCAGUCAUGUAGAUGCCUCGAGGAUUACUCGACUAGACACAAACAAUUGCUUACAACUUACCACCACGCACUCAGCACCCACGCACAAAGCUCACACACGCACAUACACACACAACACACACACAGCAAACGUACACACAUAUCACACACAUUGCACACAGCUUACACACAAAGAACGGACUCAUCAAAAUGCUCUUUAUGAUUUACAAAACAUUUUAGGAGCAUUUUAGAUAAAACAAAUAUAUAUAUAAUUUUUUCACAAUAAGAUAAACUAUUUGACAGGCGGAGUUAAGGAAUGUGUUUAACCAGCACAGAUUUAAUUCUACCGUUUCGACUGUCCUCUUGCUCCCAAGUUCUGCCUACACUUGCGGUAACAUUACCAAGUGUUCAUUUGCUUCAACGCAUUACUUGUUAAAGCAGCGGACCUUCUCAACUUACAAUGAAGAUCAAACGUGUAAUUCGACGGAAUGAUUUCCGUCAGAAAAUGUCAAACGUGUUCACGGUUUUCGGAUGCUCUGUCAGCUUCUCGUGCGCUGUCCUCGUUCCGCGAGUUGGUGUGCACAUCCCGUGGGCGCGUUAUUCCUCCGUGCAAUCUUUUUUUUGGGUCAAAUUUAAGUUGGACAUUCAGAGGGGGGGGGGGGAAGCGCUCGUUUUAGUGAUGUGCCAAAGUUGAGAAACUCAUUGUAAGAUAUGUGUAUAGCCACAAUACUACAGCUUGUCACCCUCAUUGCAUUUUGGUACAGGAUGUUUAUAGUAUGAGUUUCAAUCUAAUCUGCAUUUCAGCUCCACGCAGAAUACCUAAAUGUAUCCAUCGCUUACACUUUAGAUAAGUGCUUCACCUCAGUAUCAUUAAAAUAGCUGUACAAAGUUAUUUUGUACAAAAAUAUCUAUUUUUAUGACGAAACAUAAAUGCUUAACUGAAAUAUUUUUCAUUUCAGGACUACCGUCAAGUAGAACGAUGACAUUUGCGACAGUCUGCAGUGAUGUUCUCCCGGUUUGUUUCGGUUGUGUCCUCGAGUAAAAUCAUUCACCCCGCCCGCCAGAUCCUUCUGCAGCCCAGUGAGACCACGAGGCACGUUCUCAUCACGCUGUAAGUUCAUGGCUCAAUGCGGCCUCAUGUCACAGUUCCCAAAACAUGUAUACGUUUGCAAAAGUGCGGAAAUAUUCAAAGUCUAAUGUGCAAUCCGGGUUGUACUGCAUGUGCUUCAGUACGAUAUGCAGCGUGGUGAGUGUGGUGGUGGUGAGUGUUUGGUGGUGAGUGUGGUGGUGGUGAGUUUUUGGUGGUGAGUUUUUGGUGGUAAGUGUGUGGGGAGCGGUAGUGUCGCGUUUGGCGCGCCACGCUACAAACCUGGCGAACCGAGUUCGAUUCCCGCUCACGGCCAACACCGGCGACCAUAAUCUGAACCGGUCCUGGGCCUCCCCUAGGUCGACUCGGCCUCAAAUGGAUACCUGGUGUCGGUGUGUAUUAAACAUCGCCACUGGGGAGACAAAGGCGGUCGGUCGGGCGUGAUGCUGCUGGCUACUCGCCCCCUCGUGUGCCGUGCCGGCCUUCAUAGGUGCUCGCGAAACAGCACUUGCCCCAACAGUGUUCAAGGCUAUCCGGGGGGAUCUUUGUCUUUGGUGAGCGUGUGGUCGCUGCUUGAUGUGCGCAGCAGCAGAUGGCAGCAGUCCCUCCGGUCUGCGGCGAGCUGAUUGCACUCGGCUCCUCAAGAAGCUCAAAACCCGGCACGCGGAGCUUAGUGUCACCCACACCACCCCCAAGUCAUUCCAGACGAUGCGCGCGGUGCAACGCGCGGGAACAUCACAGAGCUGGGUUGCAGCGCAACCUCGAGACCUACGCAGCAGCAGCAUAUUAAAAGUCUACACGACGAAAAUGGCAGAUGAUAAACUCUCCACAGUAGAGGAGAUUUUUUUGUUGGGGGGGGGGGGGGGGUUAGAUCGAAUAAAUAUAAAUGUGUCGUUCAACCCGCCACCACCCGACAGCCAAUUAGUAAGGUUUGUCACGUAAAUAAAACCCACCGUGUCGUGGGUUUACUCUGCAACACACCGAUGUGCUGACCUAGUAACUAAUUGGCAUAUUUUAUUGACACAUUUACAUUUACGCGAUUUAACCCAAAAUACCUCUUUAAUGGAAAUUGGUCGCGAAAGCCUUCGUGUUAAAAUUAUCAACUCUGCGUUAACCUAAACAUAGGGUUUCUUUUGUUUCCUUGGCCAUUAUAAAAUAUACGACUGACGGGAGAAAACGCGCAUUUUAUAAUUGUUAAUAAAAUAAUGGCAACAUUGUGUGGGAAAUCAUUUGCACACAUAUCUUUUUCCAUAAACCUCAAUACAUGCUGACUUUCUGAAAGUGAGCCUUGUGAUUGAGCCUGAGGGUGCAAUAAGGCCACUCCUCUGGCACCUGGGGGCUGCGGUGUCUUGCCAGGGGGUGAGAUUGCAAGGUGUUUGAAGGUAGAAAGUGUGUCUUGUGGUAUAUAUGAUACACAACCCCAAGGUGUGCUUGGCUUAGCCUUGCUGUGUCGUAACAGAUACCUCUUUUCCACUGCACAAACCGAGCCGUUCCGGGUCCGUGCCAAGCUAGCCCGGCGUGACUCAGGAGGCGUCGGGUUUUUCCACUGGAGAACCCGCACCGUGUCGCUGCAUCGCACGCAGUAAACGAGUCGAGUGUUGAUUGACGCGGUGGCGAGAUAUUAACUACCUCGCCUGGUGUACGCAAGGAGGUCGUGGUUUCGAUCCCGACCUGGACGCCUGUAUAUUUGGAGUUUGCAUGUUCUCCCCGUGGUGACGUGGAUUUUUCUCCAGGAACUCCGGUUUUUCCUUCCACAGUUAGGAAUAUGCGUUUAGAAUGUUUGGCUGCUCUCAAUUUCCACAUGAUAAGCCACUUCGUUGAGCUAUCAUUUGUGAUAGCCAGGUCGCUUCUGAACAAAAGAGCUGUACAGUAUAGCUUUGUGGGAAUUACCUGAUAAAAUAAAAAAUAUUUUAGUUUUUAAGAAAAUCUUUAAUAUUUGAGUAUUAUAUAUUUUAAAAAGGUGAACCAAGCUCCUGGUCCUGCUCGGCCCUGAGCCAGACUCAGACGUCUCUUUGUCAGGCCAGAAUUUUCACGGUUUAGUUCUGGCUCGGCUGGGCAAAGAGCCACUGGAGGCACCACCCAUACUGUGAAGGGCCCUCACUGGCGCGGCUCGGAUGUGAUGAUGGAAAAGGGGGGGGGGGGGGGGGUUAGAGACCCCAAUUUCACGGGGUUUCGUUGGCCUCGGAGCAAGUGGUGAUAAUAUAAUUACAAAUAAUAUUUUCGACGAAAAUUUGCAAACAUCGUUCGUGUGGUUUUGUAGAAUGUGACAUUACCUUCUCAAACAUUACACGAUAUGCAUUGUGUAUAUUCCAUUUUUUGUCCGUUCGGGUAAUUAAUGUUUCGCCAGAGACCUGUACAUAGUAUUUUAUACAUUGUAAUA